GCUCUAGGACACACUGGGACCUGUGUGUGAAUUACAAUGAGGUUCCACAUGUUGGAGAAAUGUUUCACUCCCCCAAAGUGUGCUGUCGUCACCGGUCAGCUCCUAGCAGCAGCCUCCUGAAGUGGAUCCACACCGGAGGGCUCAACAGUUCAACUCUCGACGAGCUGAGAGGAGGACUCAGUCCGAGGCAGAGGCUGCUUCCGAAGAUGUGAAGAUAAACACCGCGUCUCCACAGUAGCUCCUUUUAUACGUUUCUCCAGGGAGAAGUCAUUUCUAGUAAAUGCACUUUGCAGCACUGUUACACUCGUUAUUUUAGUUUUCUUUUUGAAUUUCUCGCAUUUGUGAGCUAUCGCUAUGGCAGUUCAGUUCACAUCCGGGCCACAAUGCCUUGACUCCAUUAUUGUCUAAAACUGGCGGAGAGGUUGAUAAACCUUGUUAUUAUUAUUUUUUACAGUUAACGACACAUUUUUUAAUACGUGCAGAGAAGGCUGGAACCAAGAGGAGAUGUCUAACCAAGGAGUCCGGCGGAAUGGCCCCGUGAAGCUGCGAUUAACAGUCCUCUGCGCCAAAAACCUGGUGAAGAAGGACUUCUUCCGCCUCCCUGAUCCCUUUGCCAAGGUUGUUGUGGACGGUUCAGGUCAAUGCCACUCGACAGACACUGUGAGGAACACACUUGACCCCAAGUGGAAUCAACACUAUGACCUAUACAUCGGGAAAUCGGACUCUAUCACCAUCAGCGUGUGGAAUCACAAGAAGAUUCACAAGAAGCAAGGGGCUGGGUUCCUGGGCUGUGUCCGCCUUCUGUCCAACGCUAUCAACCGCCUUAAAGACACAGGCUACCAGAGACUAGACUUGAACAAGCUGAGUCCCAGUGACAGUGACACGGUCAGAGGCCAGAUAGUGGUGAGCCUGCAGUCGAGGGACCGGAUAGGCACAGGAGGCCCCGUGGUGGACUGCAGUCGGCUGUUUGACAAUGAUCUCCCAGAUGGCUGGGAGGAGAGGAGCACGGCGUCUGGACGAAUCCAGUAUUUGAACCACAUCACACGCACCACGCAGUGGGAAAGGCCUACCAGGCCUGCAUCAGAGUACUCCAGCCCCGGCCGGCCUCUCAGCUGCAUCGUGGAUGAGAACACGCCCGUCAGCACGAACGGGGCCACGCCCACAACAGUAUUGCCCCCCAUCAACGGUGAACAGCGGGCCCAGGAGAGACGGGUCCGCUCCCAGAGGCACCGCAACUACAUGAGCAGAACCCACCUGCACACACCACCGGACCUCCCUGAGGGAUAUGAACAGAGGACCACGCAGCAAGGCCAAGUGUACUUUCUCCACACUCAGACCGGUGUCAGCACGUGGCAUGACCCCAGAGUACCAAGAGAUCUGAGUAAUGUGAACUGUGAGGAACUGGGUCCUCUACCUCCUGGAUGGGAGAUACGAAACACUGCCACCGGGAGGGUUUACUUUGUCGACCACAACAACCGAACCACGCAGUUCACAGACCCGCGCCUCUCCGCCAACCUGCAUCUAGUCCUAAAUCCGAGCCCGAGCCCCAAUGGUUCUCGAGGAAGCAUCGAAAAUCACAAUGUCAGUCGUCAGAACCAGUUGAAGGAUCAGGCCCAGCAGGCUCUGGUGUCCCCCGCUCAGCUCCCAGAGGAGGCCGAGUGCCUCACGGUGCCCAAGUACAAGAGAGACCUUGUUCAGAAGCUUAAGAUCCUCCGCCAGGAACUGUCCCAGCAGCAGCCUCAGGCCGGCCACUGCCGCAUCGAGGUGUCCCGCGAGGAGAUCUUCGAGGAGUCGUAUCGCCAAGUGAUGAAGAUGAGGCCGAAGGACUUGUGGAAAAGGCUAAUGGUGAAGUUCAGAGGAGAGGAGGGGCUCGACUAUGGAGGAGUGGCGAGGGAGUGGCUCUAUCUGCUGUCGCACGAGAUGCUGAACCCGUACUACGGCCUGUUCCAGUACUCCCGCGAUGACAUCUACACACUGCAGAUAAACCCGGACUCUGCGGUCAACCCCGAGCACUUGUCAUACUUUCACUUCGUGGGUCGUAUCAUGGGGAUGGCAGUGUUCCACGGCCACUACAUAGACGGAGGCUUUACUCUGCCCUUCUACAAACAGCUGCUGGGUAAACCCAUCACCCUGGACGACAUGGAGUCUGUGGACCCUGACCUGCACAACAGCCUCGUGUGGAUCCUGGACAAUGACAUCACAGGUGUGCUGGACCACACCUUCUGCGUAGAACACAAUGCCUAUGGAGAGAUCAUCCAGCAUGAGCUCAAGCCCAGCGGCAAGAGCGUCCCCGUCACCCAAGACACCAAGAAAGAGUACGUGCGGCUCUACGUCAACUGGCGUUUUCUGCGAGGCAUCGAGGCCCAAUUCCUGGCUCUGCAGAAGGGCUUCAAUGAGGUCAUCCCCCAACACUUGCUCAAGGCUUUCGAUGAGAAGGAGCUAGAGCUGAUUGUAUGCGGCCUGGGCAAAAUCGACAUCAACGACUGGAAGUCCAACACGCGGCUCAAACACUGCACUCUCGACAGCAACAAUGUCAAAUGGUUCUGGAAAGCCGUGGAGUCGUUCGACGAGGAGCGCAGAGCGCGGCUGCUGCAGUUUGUCACCGGCUCCUCCAGAGUUCCUCUGCAAGGAUUCAAGGCCCUCCAAGGCGCUGCUGGUCCACGGCUCUUUACCAUCCACCAGAUCGAUGCCAGCACCAACAACCUGCCCAAAGCCCACACCUGUUUCAACCGGAUUGACAUUCCUCCCUACGAGCACUACGACAAACUGUACGACAAGUUGCUAACUGCCAUCGAGGAGACGUGCGGCUUUGCUGUGGAGUGAGUCACUGAUGCAGGCGGAGCUCAGCGACAACCAGAAGCAACGUGUUUUGGCCGUGAUUAGCCUCCCCCUACAAAUCCAUCCACUCAGGCGGGGGGUCAUCCACAAUCGCUUCACCCGGGGACGACCAUACUUCCCGGGGACAUGUGGCCGAGCUAAGGGACGGUUGGGCAGAGAAGACCAGAUGUCAUCUGACUUUUAGACCCCCCAGCCCUAUUUUAUGUCCUUUUUUAAUUAUUGAAAAGGAUCUCUUCAGCUGCUAAUAACUCAAGACUAUUUACUAACUCGUGGAACCUGCAAAAGUAGCUGGCUCUGCCUUUUUCUUUUCUUUUUUUUUUUUCAGCGUUUUAAAAACUGUAUUCCAUGUAGCAAUGCUCCAUCUUCCCAAGCAGAACACAAAGUCAGUCCAGUCUGAAACGAUGUUAGCAACACCGGUUUGUGUGCUAGAGCACAGGGUUAUUAAUGGUUCCCACAACCACUUGGAAACACUACAUUUGUAAGCAGAGUGUACAUGACUCGUGCUGUUUGGUGCCGCAGAGCGAUCACAUUGGGGCUAUCGGUAAUGCCAAGGCUGGAAAGCGGGGAUGAGAAGGCAAGACGAGAAAUUAGGCAGAGCCCGACUGUUUACAACCCUCUCCAAAGACAGCAGCAGAGACCUCUGCUCCUCAACCCUGUUCAGAAAUUAAUGAAUAGCUUAGAAAUGUGGUUUUUAUUAUAUAACGGGAAAUUGAAAAAAUAAACAAUUAAAUUCUUUAUAAUAUAUAUAAUUUAUUGCUGUUAUAUUUCAGAAACCCCCUUCCAUUGUUUCAGAAAAAAACCAAGAUAUUUUAAAUGUGUUACCGUUUUAAAUUAUAGAAGACAACUUGUGCAAACAGAAUUAAGCCCCACUGAAAUUCACUUACGAAUGCUGUGGUUUAUUUCUCGACACGACCUCUCACACUGUACAGGGAGAGGUUUGUCUUCAAGAGCAAACAAUUCAUCCUGAACACACAAUGUCCUGAGUGCCAUAAUCCUUUUUAAUGAAUGAAUCUUUGCUGAUAUUGAGUGAACCCUUUAAAUUCUACUGGUUUCAUCCUGGAUAUGGGGGCAUGAUGUUUCCCUGCUAUCACCCUUUAUUAACACUUUGUCAUUUGUAACUGGGCUAUAUUCAUAUCACUACUAUGAAACCUGCCAUUAACUUCUAAGGUAUUCUGUUCUGAAGAGUCCAAAAUCCAUCAUCAUUUAUUUGUGUGCUGCCUCCACAUUGUUGAAAAAUAAAAAAACCUCUACUACCUUCUAGCCAUGUGGUGCUAAAUAGCAUUCGUCUUAUAUUGGCAACCUUAACACACUACUGCUUAAAGUGCACACUACACGACUCGUGCUCAUACCUGUUAGUGGCCACAAAACAUUAUUCAAAAGCUCUAGCUAGCCACAUCCUCAGGAGAUGUCAUAUGUAGUUUGUCCUUUGAUUUGACGAGAACUAAUUCUGACCAUUUGUCUUUAUUUCCUGAAUGUUAAAGGGGUUAAGAAAGUCUUGUCGUUUUUAAAUUGCUUUGCCCACAGCAGACCUUUAACACACAGUAAUUGUUGCAUGUGUCCAUAUGUGCUUUUGGUUGAAAGGGAACUGAAUGAGAUGAACCCUGUUGUAGCCUGCUACACGGUCCCAUCGGUGAUGUUUUUGUUUUGAGAAAGAGGGAUUGUUUUCUACGAUUAAAAAAUGAAAUUCUUGAAUGUUUUCAAAAGAUGCUGCCUGUCGAGCAAUCUCUAUGACCGUGGACUGUUCUUAACAUUUGCAUACACAAAAAAAAAAAAAAAAAAUCUUUUAUGUGGACAAGUGUAUGCAAAGUGACGUGUCC